AUGCCGGGCGGCGUGGCGACCCCCGUCGGCGAGGAGCCGCCUGCGCAGCGCGGGCCUGCGCUGGUGAGGAUUCACUCUGAGUGUUACACGGGUGAGACGGCGUGGUCUGCGCGGUGCGACUGCGGCGAGCAGCUCGACGAGGCGGCAAGGCUGAUGAGUUUGCCGGGCAACACGAAUGGUGGUAUCAUUAUUUACCUGCGCCAGGAAGGGCGCGGUAUUGGUCUCGGUGAGAAGUUGAAGGCGUAUAACCUCCAGGACCUCGGCUCGGAUACCGUCGAGGCGAACUUGCUGCUGCGUCACCCUGCGGAUGCGCGGAGUUACGGGUUGGCGACGGCGAUGCUGCAGGAUCUUGGGCAGAGCGAGGUGCGCCUACUGACGAAUAACCCGGAUAAGAUUCGGGCGGUGGAGGGCCCCAAUCGCGAGGUGAGGGUUACGGAGCGCGUUGCGAUGGUGCCGCUCUCGUGGAAGGGCCGGGGUGGGUUCCGGAGCAAUGAGGUUGAGGGGUACUUGAAGACGAAGAUUGAAAAGAUGGGACAUAUGCUUGACAUGGGUGGCAUGCCCCAUUGA